AGUACCUACUACCUACUUUAUCUAAUAAAAAAUCAUUGUUUUUCUUCUAUUAAUUACGGUUCAGUGUGCUAUGUUUUUGUGAUACACUAUUGUAAAACUGAUCGUUACCGAUGUUUCGAGCAAUAACAGCGGUACAUUACAGCUGUCAAAUUGAACAGCAGUGCGAGCAGCUGAUUUUUGACGGGCGAAAUAAAAUUUGAGUUAAUCAAUUACUAACCAGUGAUAUCUGCAAUCUACGUGUUUGUUUACGUAGAAAUGAAGGCGUGACACAAUAAUUAAUAAGUCAGUCACACUAAUAAAUAAGAUAGAAUAAUAAUGCUCUCUAAUAUGUUAAAAUUCAUCAUUUUGCAUUUGCUUCUACUAUUUAUAUUAGCUGACACAGCAAGUUCUCAGAAUGUGAGUGUAAUAUUACCAUUAAACAAAACAAUAUCAUGGGAAAACAAGGAACUCUACAGUGACUUUUUCAAUCUCAACUCAACUUCAACUUUGCAAGUUGACUUUGCUUACUUAAAUAAAAAUGUUUCUUACAUCAUUUUCCAAGUGCACAGUCACUUAUAUAACAUCACUUUAUAUAAUAACACAUAUACCACAGGCUCGUAUGUAUCGGGUAGUAAUUUAGGCAUGUACAGUAGUGUUAAACCAAAGUUAGACACAUUCUUUAUUUAUAACCCCAACCUGAUUAAUUUGAGGCUGUUUAUUUCUGUGUUUGGAUAUGGAGUAGCAGACCCAAUACCUGGUGGUUGUAACAUGGAAUUCCUCUUACCGAUAUCCCCAUUCAUGCAAACAAAAUACACCAAAGACUAUGUAUUAGUCGAUGCAGCUGCAGCUAAAGAUAUAUCAGAUACCACAUGCAAUUCAAUGGAUAAGGCUUAUGUGCUUUUUUACCAACUGUACCUGCCAGAGAGGCAUUAUGAUGCUGAUAACUAUUUCGAUGGUCUGAGAAAAAUGAUGACCAUAGAGGCUAUUACAGAGUUUGGGGAAUAUAUACCGCAGAGUGGCGAUCGUUUACGCCGCAUGCUAAGUGCGUAUCCCGGUACAGGCGCUGUGUACGUAGCCAUUGCGUUCAGUGCGUCGAAUACGAGCUCGUAUUCUGUGUACGUCCCCACCACAUCAUACGCUUGUGCGCCUCUGGAUGAUGACGGCUGCGAAAUACUGGAUGACUCCCUCUCGCAAUUGAUUUGUGCCUCGCUGAUUUUCUUCGGUCUAUUUGUGUGCUAUUUUGGGCACAGGUUCUUCAAGACCGAAAUGUUCCUCAUAGGAUUGUUAAGCGGUGCUAUCAUCACCUACAUUUUAAUUACCCUUAUUGCUGAUUUGGAUCGCCCUGCUCUACUAGGGGCGUCGGUGUUAUCAGGAAUGUGUUUUGGAGCUAUUUGGCUGUCAUUUUGGUGGUUUUAUGGUAUGCCACUGUUCACCGUGCUGUUAUCAACGCUGAAUGUCGGCUUUUUGUUUUCGGCGAUUAUUUAUUUCGGCUUACCAGGUGGUCUCUUAGCCCUUCAAUCAGAUCUGAACUUUUGGACGCUGUUCAUAUCUGUGAUGCUACUCACCUCCCUAUUGCUAGUGUCGAUGACAUUUCUCUCGAACAUUCUGUGCUGUGCUAUACUGGGGGCGUACGCGACUAUAUACCCUAUGGACUACUACUUUGGGUCCAAUUUGAAGUACAUAAUAAUUAACACAUUGAGAAGAGCCACGGUACCGCAGUUCAAUAAGGCCGUAUUGUCACCACCAUUUGAAUGGAGAGACGCAUUAAUGACCUUGCUGUGGCUCGCACUGGCUAUCACCGGAUUCCUGUUCCAACAUUUCCACAACCGUGGCAGGCCACCGUUCCCCCCACCUCCCCGCAGUGUCAGACCUAGGAUGCCAGGAUCCACCUACUACGGCUCUUCGGUGACAACUGGAAGGCGAUACGGUGUCGUUAUAAGGCCAACAGUCGCUCGCGUACAAACCGAAAGGACUCCUUUGUUGGCAUAAAAAUAUCCAAAAUAUGAUUUGUCUUUACGAUACAAAAUAUAAUAUUAUAAAGCCAAUCAUCAUUUACGCCUACUUAAUAGCAAGCUAAAGCCGCAUUCACAUUGUGCGAGUUCUUGCGCGCAGAUAUGAUCAUUUAGCGACACAAUUUUAUUUAUAGUAUUUUUUAUUACAACUUAUCCUAAAAUUCAACGAUGAGCAAGCAUUAGAGGGUUACCUGCUGAAAAGUGAAAAAAAAACUCUAUUUUUUAUAAAAAAUCAUCGAUAACCUACAAAAAUCCACUGCUGGACUUAAUUCAAACGUUGAAUUUGCCCAUAACCACUACGCUAGGCAGAUGGAUUGGUGAUCGCAGUAGAUGGUAGUAAUAGCGCAGACGACGCUGCUGCCACUUCCUCGUUAUAUAUGAUUACUGAUUAAAGAAUAUAUGUUUAUGCUAACAUAA